AACGCACAGCCACCUGCAACAAUAACUACAACGCAGCACCGCAAGCAACCGCGCGCAAGCAAGAUAACAAUCAACAACGUGCAAGAGCGCUUCUGCUAUCUCCAGCGCUAUCAGGUGCUAAUCUGCAAGGAGCACGCUACAGGCAUACAGAACGUCGAUGUGCAUCUGCGCGACCAGCACGGCGUAGCAAGCGAAGAGAGGAAAUCAAUUGUAGAGCACUGCCGGCAAUGGCAGAUCGCCGCACCGCAAGAUGUUGAGCUGCCUGCGCCGUUGGGGCCGCUGAUUGAGCAGCUAGGCGAGCCGUUAGAC